UGUACGCAAUACAGUACAUGGAACAAGCAUAGUGUGCUUAGUUUAGUUUUGAGAUACAGCGCGGACUUUCUCACCCUGCAUGACUUUGGGGUGUGGGAGGAAACUGAAGAUCUCGGAGAAAACCUCACCCAGGUCACGGGGAGAACGUGCAAACUCCGUACAGACAGCGCCCGUAGUCAGGAUCGAAUUUAGAAGGGUGAGAGGGGAUCUUAUUGAAAGAUAUAAGAUGAAUAAGGGUUUGGAAAUGCUAGAAGCGGGAAACAUGUUGGGGGAGUCCAGAACCAGGGGCCACACAGUUUAUGAAUAAGGGGUAAGCCAUUUAGAACGGAGACGCGGAAACACUUUUUCACACAGAGAGUUGUGAGUCUGUGGAAUUCUCUGCCUCAGAGGGCGGUUCUCUGGAUACUUUCAAGAGAGAGCUCUAAAAGAUAGCGGAGUCAGGGGAGAAGGCAGGAACGGGGUACUGAUUGGGGAUGAUCAGCCAUGAUCACAUUGAAUGGUGGUGCUGGCUGGAAGGGCCGAAUGGCCUACUCCUGCACUUGUUGUCUAUUGUCUGUUGACCACGGGUCUCUGGCGCUGUGAGGCAGCAACUCUACCGUUGCACCAUCGUGCCGCCUGUCCUGUUGCGAGCUGAGAUGGGGUGUGGUCAUGUUGGUUCCAGUUGCCGGAGGUUUGACUCAGCAGCUGAGGCAGCCUCACUGCCGAGCGGGACAUUGGAGGGGGGGUGGACUGUUUCAGUUCAAUGAUGUUGCUCCAAAAUAGCCUUAAAUGGGGAACUUGUGAGGGUCAGUUUGCACAAGCGGAGAGACUUUGACCAAACACGUCGAGCACGACAUCAGAACGAAACAGCCCCAGACAGAACUGUUACAGCACUCAGACCUGCCAACUGGCUCACGGGACAUGUGUACCAAUACACAGGGAACGGCUGACACCAAGGUUCCAUGCGGAGUGGCCGGAGAGGACCGGGGCCCAUGGUGUGAAGCGGGGGGCCCGGUUGCCGCGGCGAUGGAAGGGGGCUCGGACAGCGUGCGUGAAUGGCUGAGGCUCCUCCACCUUGAGCAGUAUGCCCAGCACUUCGCCGACCACCGCUACCACCUCCUGUCGGACUGCCGCGCCAUGCGGAGCGAGGACCUGUCCCGUAUCGGGAUCUACCUGCCGGGACACCGCAAACGCAUCCUCUCUGCCCUCACCAAGGGUUCCCUCGGCCUAGAUCCUGCCCCUGAGCCUGCCUGGGGUCUAGUUACUGCUCCUGAGCAAGCCCUGGACCUGGCCCCACAAUCUCAGCCUGCCCGGGGACUAGUGUCCGGCCCCCAGCCUGCUCUGGGCCUGGUCCCACAAUCCCAGCCUGCCCUAGGCCAUGUUCCUGGCCACAAACCUGCCCUCGGCCUAGUCCUCAAUCCCGAGCCUGUCUUCAGCCCAGUCUCACACUAUGAAACUGCCCUCGGCCUUGUACCCGGCCCAGAGCCUGAGUUUGGCCUAGGCCCCGACCCUGAGCGUGCCCUUGGUUUAGUUCCAGGUGCCCUGGGCAUGUUUCCCAGCCCACAGCCUGGCCCGGGCUUAGUCCCACACCCCAGGCCCAGCCUGGGCCUAGUGCCACACCCAGAGCCUGCCGCCCCUAGGUCUCGGCCUUCGCUGCCGGCAACGAUGCAGAAACCGGUGCCAAAGAAGCGGAGCAUCUACCUCUAUGGCCCCGGCCUGGAUCCUGAUGCCCCCGACCUGAAGCCCCUGCCUCCAGUGCCGCCCAGACAGGGCCUGGUGAAGCCUGCGGGCAUGCUGCCCCCUGUGGCCCGGGCGAGGGAGCUGCCCGUCAACAGCCCCGGGACGACACCGCGGGAUCUCCCCGUGCUCCCGCCGCGCCAGAGCGUGGACGGCAGGCGUAGGCCUCCACCGCUGCCCACCAGACCUCUGGGCAAAGACCAGGCUUCGGCCUACUUCACAGACUCCAGGACCGCACCUGGAGUGUGUUUGGAGGACCCGAAGGCUGGAACUCUGACCCCUCUCCUACUUCAAACGCAGGCUGCAGUCCCACAGCAGUCACAGAGUGGACCCCUCCUCCCACCCAGACGUCCCCUCGACUGGCAGACACAAGACUCCGAUCCCCUGGAAGGUGUGGGAUGUGAGCAGCGACCUCCGGAUGACAACCUGAUGGAUCGGGCCGAGAUGAACGACAAGGAUAGUGCGGACCCAAGCCCCUGUUUGGAGUGGGGCGGUGCUGGUGAGAGUCCGAGCAGCCUCUUCAGUGACGAGGAUACGGCUGAUGACUACGAGACCAUGCUCAACCUGCCGCACGAAGGUUUCAGUUUUGCCGAGCCGGGUCCCGCCGCGGAGCUGGAAGAGUCGGCGGGGAGCAGUCAGUCAGUGCGGCCCCACCCUCUGCCCGGCCAGGGGCUGGACACCAACCCACUCUGCCCCCUCAUCAAAGCGGGCUGGCUGGACAAGAACCCACCGCAGGGCUCCUACAUUUACCAGAGACGGUUCGUCAGAUUGGACACCGACUACCUGAGAUACUUUGAGAACGAGAAGGUGAGUGAAUCUAUUCCCUCCUCCCUUCCAGUGACUAUUUACAAUACACAUCAAUGCUUUGGACGAAGGGAUUCAAAGUAGCAUUCGCAAAUUUGCAGAUGACACAAAGCUGGGUGGCAGUGUAAACUGUGAGGAGGAUGCUACGAGAAUGCAGGGUGACUUGGACAGGUUGGGGAAGUGGGCAGAUGCAUGGCAGAUGCAGUUUAAUGCGGAUAAAUGUGAGGUUAUCCACUUUGGUGGCAAAAACAGGAAGGCAGAUUAUUAUCUGAAUGUUGUCAAGUUGGGAAAAGGGGAAGUACAACGGGAUCUGGGGGGUCCUUGUUCAUCAGUCUAUGAGAGUAAGCAUGCAGGUACAGCAGGCAGUGAUGAAAGCGAAUGGCAUGUUGGCUUUUAUAACAAGAGGAAUUGAGUAUAGGAGCAAAGAGGUCCUUCUGCAGUUGUACAGGGCCCUAGUGAGACCACACCUGGAGUAUUGUGUGCAGCUUUGGUCUCCAAAUUUGAGGAAGGACAUUCUUGCUAUUGAGGGAGUGCAGCGUAGGUUUACAAGGUUAAUUCCCGGGAUGG